UCACAUGGUACUAUUCACAACAGCCUUGCAACAUCAUAUAUAGAAAUAAUGAAAUUCUCAAUGAACUGCCGGAGCACUGUGGAGCAGGGGUGGACUGACAACUCAUGUUGCCCCCGGGCAAUAGGGGAUCAUGGGGCCUCUGUGUCCUUCCCCAAACUCAAAACAGCCUAUGAAAAAGGUACCAGGGGCAUCUCAUGGGGCCCCCUACUGACCCCGGGCCCUCGGGCAGUGCCCGAGUUUCCAAAUGGUCAGUCCGCCCAUGCUGUGGAGUGC